AUGGGUGUGUUUGAAUCAAGUCAAUUUUUUUAACAUAGCGCACAGAAAGGAAGACGCAGCAGAGCAACUUUCUUUAUCAACGAACGUUAUUACAUAUAUUCUUCUUAUAGUCUCUCGAACAACAAUAUAAUGUUUAUUCCUUUGUUAGUUUUGAGUGUGGUUGUAGGAGGUGCUUACAUUUACCGUCAGAUUGUGGUGAAGGGGAAGCGGUGCACAAGCAAUGCAGAGCUUCAUGGAAAGACCGUGAUUGUGACUGGUAGCAACACAGGCAUCGGAAAAACAACAGCAAUAGACUUGGCUAAAAGAGGAGCCAGAGUUAUUCUGGCUUGCCGUAGUCGGCAGAGAGGAGAGGCUGCUCUUGCAGAUGUCAGGAGGGAGAGUGGGAGCAAUAAAGUCGUGUUCAUGCAGUUGGACCUGGGAAACCUUAAGUCUGUUCGCAGCUUUGCUGAAAACUACCUAAGAAGUGAGCCCAGACUAGACAUUCUCAUCAACAAUGCAGGAAUUUAUAUGCAGGGUCAAACAGAGGAUGGUUUUGGCAUGAUGUUUGGCAUUAAUCAUCUGGGCCACUUUCUCUUAACCAACCUUGUGCUGGACCGACUGAAGGAGUGUCAACCAAGUCGAGUGAUCAAUGUAUCAUCCGUGGCACAUAACUUUGGAAAAAUUGACUUUGAAUGCCUAACUAAACAUAGAGCUCUAGGACUGGGGACUUCGUUCGUGGCGGACCUUCGGGUCUACUCUGACAGCAAGCUGUGCAAUGUGCUCUUCACCCAUGAGUUGGGCAAGAGACUGCAGGGAACCAAAGUCACAUGCUACUCCCUCCAUCCAGGAGCUAUCAACUCUGAGUUGGCCAGGAACGCCAGCUCAUUGGUUCAUAUCCUGUUGAAGCCCAUCACUGCCUUCUUCUUCAAAAACACUGUCCAGGGAUGCCAAACCACUCUGCACUGUGCGCUACAGGAGGGAAUUGAACCUCUUAGCGGACGUUACUUCUCCAACUGUGCAGUGAAAGAAGUCUAUUCUAAAGCAAAGGAUGACGCUGCAGCUAAGAAGCUGUGGGAAAUCAGUGAAGGAAUGUGUGGUCUUGCAUAAAUUAAUUCACAAGUGAGUUUAGUUGAAUGGGAAUAAAGGAAUAACUUUCUGUUA